CUUGUUGUGGGGGUGGUUGGACACCUCUUCGGAGAGCUCCCAGCAAGUCACUGGUGGCAGCAGCAAGAUCCCAGCCCCCAGGAAUAAGAAACCUCCAGCUCUGAAGCCCCCAGCCUUGGAUUUCAUGUUGCACUGAAGCCUCUGCCCUCACCCUGGCCAGCCCUGCCCGCAAUGGCUUUGUGUCUCAAGCAAGUCUUCAACAAAGACAAAACAUUUCGUCCCCGAAAGAAGUUUGAGCCAGGCACCCAGCGUUUUGAGCUGUACAAGAAAGCCCAGGCCUCCCUCAAGUCUGGUCUGGACCUGAAAACAGUGGUGCAGCUGCCUCCUGGUGAGAGCAUCAACGACUGGAUCGCCGUGCACGUGGUGGAUUUCUUCAACCGCAUCAACCUCAUCUAUGGCACCAUGUCGGAGUACUGCACGGAGAGGAGCUGCCCCAUCAUGUCAGGGGGGCUCAAGUAUGAGUACAGGUGGCAGGAUGACAGCAAAUACAAGAAGCCCACCAAGCUGUCGGCCCCCCAGUACAUGUGCAUGCUGAUGGACUGGAUCGAGAUGCUCAUCAACAACGAGGACAUCUUCCCCACCAGGAUAGGUGUUCCCUUCCCCAAGCAGUUCCAGCAAGUUUGCACAAAGAUCCUCACCCGCCUCUUCCGUGUCUUUGUCCACGUCUACAUCCACCACUUUGACAGCAUCAUCAACAUGGGUGCUGAGGCUCACGUCAACACCUGCUACAAGCACUUUUACUACUUCAUCAGGGAGUUCAGCCUCAUUGACCAUCGGGAGCUGGAGCCUUUGAAAGAAAUGACAGAACGAAUUUGCCACUGAAGCAUUUUGACAGGAGAACUGAUUAGAGUCCAUUGGCACAAGACACCCUGUGGUGGGAGACCUCUUCCCAAGGACUUGCUCUGGGCAUUUCAACUCCACAAACUAUGAACACUGCAGAAGAGCCUCUUCAGGCCAGGGCUGUAUCCUAAGCUUGCCAAACAUCCCUGGAUUUUGGUUUGGUGUUUUUUGGUUUUGUUUUUGUUUUUUUUUAAUAGAUCCAGAUUCUGUUGUAUGGUUCCUGCCUUAAAAAGCCACUGAUUUACUGGAACAUGAGGCAAGUUUGUUUGACUUUUGCACAAUCUGGUUUCUCAGACUCAAUCCCAUGGCUGAUAACAUCCCUUCAGUUUCCUCUUGUUUUAUUCUCAGUUAUCCUGAUCUCCAGAUCUUAUAUAAGUGCAUCCUGCCCUGUGAGCAGGUGUGACCUUGGCUGCUGAGCUCUGCCUCUUACCUUUCCCACACACAGUGGGGAUCAGCUCUGCAGAGUUGGUGGUGUUUGAUCCCAACUUGAUGCCUUCCUGUGGUUAGGUGCUGAGGUACUGCCUUUAACCAUCAGCUCUGGAUGUCUCCCCUUCUAUCCUAAUUCAUGCCACACCAAAGGGACCCUUUGUUCCCCCCGAAGGAUUUUUCAGGCUUGGCAGAGGGGACUUUGUGAUGUUCUAAGAUGCAUUCAACACUGAUUGGACUAAUGGCAAAGUGGCCCCAUAAGAAGCAGUGAACCAGGCCAAUUUCAGUGUGAUCAGCACAAUCUGCCCAAGAAAAACUCAGAAAGUGGGGGAAAAAAAUCCUGUUCCCAUUAAACAUUUUCAGCACGCCAGCAUUUCCUGACACUCUGUCUUGGCUCAAGAUCAGCAGAUGCUGGCUGGAGAAACUGUUCUUUUUCCAUUAUCCAAUCCUACAGCUUAAUAUAUCAGGUGGAGAAGGACUUUAAAAGACCUCUAAUCUGUCUUGUUCUUCCAAAAAGAGAAGAUCAGUCCUUCUUAGACCUUUCUGACCUUUUGAAAGCACACUGUUGCUAGCUAUUCUGAGCCAUUAUUCCCCUGAAAGGUAUCAUAUCUCAAAAUGUUUUCCCCUUUGACUAGUGUUGUGUUCCCUGGGCCAUUUUUCUUUUGACAAGAGUUCAAGUUUUAGGUUUUUGUUGUUUUAUUUUUUUUUCUCUGUUUUGUGGAAGUUAAAAUCAAAUUGUCUGAGCCACAGCAUUGUUACAUUUGUGUUUCCUUCCUUUCUUCUGUGAAAGUUUUCUAUACCAGACACAGCUGAUAUUUAUAAUCUGGGGUUUGCCCCUACUUGGGAUGGGGUGGGGGCUAAAAAAUAUAAAUAUUUAGGCCCACGUGAAAGUGCACAAGUGAAUUUUUAGUGCUCAAAGCACUUAUUUUGUUGCAAAAAUCUAUUUUUUUUAAUCUUGUGUACCAGAUGUAUAUUUUUACAUGGAAAUAAAACAGAACAAAAUGAACAGAAAAACACCUGAGAUGUCAUUCCAAUAUUUUCUGCGUAAAAUA